AUGUCUGAUCAGGAUCAUCUGGUAUCAGCGACUGCAGCACAUUUCGGUGCAGGAGAUCUUGGCCUGGAUGCUCUCAUUCCAGCAGUGCUCUGCACAUUCGUUGCCAGUAUAGUGGUAGCGCUGCGAUGGUAUACGAGGUGCAAGAUUACUCACUGUAUUGGCCUGGACGAUUAUGUGAUCUUGCUAUCGCUGCUACUCUCGUGGGCCAUGUGCUUCAUCAUAGUUGCCAGUGUAACCAAAGGGCUAGGCAAAUACGACGAUGCAACAGAUACAAUUCAAGUCACAAAAUUGGUCCUGGUCAACAACUCAAUCUGGACAGUCCUCGUAAACGUCACCAAGGCAUCGAUCUUGAUGCAAUAUCUCCGGAUUUUCAGUGGGCGCAUCAUCAGAAGAUCGUGCCAUAUCCUGGCGUUCCUGUUGAUACCGGCCAUAUGUUGGGGCACAUUUGGCGGCAUCUUUCUGUGCAAACCGGUCGCCAAGCUGUGGCAACCAGAACUCCCAGGCUACUGCCGGAAUGCACAGACAUACUGGUGCUCUGUGGCAGCCGUGGAUAUCUUCCUCGACUUCUCGGUCCUCAUCCUACCGAUGCCCUCAAUAGCCGGGUUACAUCUACCAAGAAAGCAGAAAAUCGCAACCACGCUGGUGUUCGUCAUGGGAUUUCUGGUUUGCUUCGUCAGUGUCGUCCGAGUGGUAACAGUCGUGGUCGCUUCGCAGCAAGGAGAUUUCGUCAUGUCGGGCAUCUGGUCCGUCAUCUGGUCUGCAGUGGAAGGCAAUGUUGGUAUCAUUUGUGCCUGUCUGCUUUCACUCAAAGCAUUGGUGACGAAAUUGUUCCCGCGACUCAUCGUCGACGAUGAACCAAGUCAAGGCCAAAUGCGUAUAGCCAUGCUACCAGACUCGAGCGGACAAGAGGUUUCGGAAACUGCGACGUGGUGUCACUCGGUCGGGAGCUCGAUGACAGUGGGGUUUGGGCCUGAUGGUCAACCAGUGGCGCCAAGGAUUCCAGCAAGUUGUCUGCCGCCUUCACAUGCUCCAAACAGAGCGAGACAUAAGCCAGCAGAUUCUAGAGAUGAAAGUCUCAUGGAUAUCUCGCGAGUCCUGAACCAUGAUACGGCGCAGAUACAAAGCAACAGGUGA